CCCCGCCCCCGGCGCCUCACGUGAGCACGGGGCGGGGCGGCGGUUUGAAUCCCGGCGGGCGGUGUUGCCUCCCGACACCCGCCAGGAUGUCGGUGGUGCAGCCCUUCGACAAGCUCCCGAUUCCUAACUCCGCCGCCUGCCUGCUGGUGGGGUCGGACGAGGGCCUGCAGCAGAGGCUGGCGGAGGCGCUCCUCCUGGAGAAGAAGAGCUUCAAGAUCAGUAUUCACCUUGCUACAUCACUCCCAUUACCUUCAGAGAGGGAUCACCUUCGGCCCAGGAUAGAUCUGAUUGUGUUUAUGAUUGACAUUAAGAGUAAAUACAGCUUGGAGAAUGUCGAAGCUUCCCUAGCUUAUGUGGAUGCCAGCUUCUUCCUGGGGAAAGUGUGCUUUCUUGUCACUGGGGUUGGCAGGGUGAAUUCCUGCAGCGUAGAGAUCAGUGCCGUCUGGAAACUGGGAGAAGCCUACUGCAGUCCUGUGCUAUUCUGUGAGCUGGAGUUGGAAGGGAUACGAGUUGCCACCGCUCAGCGACUUCUCCGGAUGUUACAGAUCUGUGCUGGUCACAUAACUGGAGUUUCUGCCUUGUCCUUUGGCUUACUGAUGAGGAACUCUGAUGAUAACUAGCUUCUCAUUGUAAGAAUUCAGCCAUAUUCAUCAGGGUUUGGUUUUUUUAACUUCAGGUGUUCAAGCUGCUGUUGUUGGAAUGACUUUGGGAAGUUUUUUUGCCUGGCUUGUCAUGACCACUCAUCCAGAGCUGUUCCUAGUUGCUAAUCUCUCAAGAAAAGCUUGAUUCCUGUUUAGUGGAUAAUAUGCUGGGGCAGGGGAGGAGGCGGUUUGAAUUGGGGAUUCCUAUCUGUUAUUGCAUCUGAAUCCUAUUUCAUGGUCAAGUUUGAGUUUCACCUACUUUCCCAGUGUCCAGGAGCUGUGUGUUUACUGAGAGAAUGCUGGAAGAACAGGCCGCUAUCGUUAAUGCUGCACGUCAUCGUUGAGUGUCCCCAGAAUGCUAGAGAAGAGGCAGCAGGCUUCUGCUUCCUUUCAGUGGAAAUACAGCACCUUGGAAUAAUGUGAAACCUUGCUGCCCCGUUUUGUCUCCCCACCAAGAGAAUCAUGGGGAAGGCAGGCAGUCCUUCAGCUUCUAGAUAGAGUGCAGUUGGCAGUUAGUGUUCCAGCUGUGGGAGCAUCUGCCCAGAGAUCAUGCCUAAUACUUAAUUGAGUAGGAAGGGACUAAACAAGAUAAUCUAGCACUUUUAGCUUUCUUUUAGAUCUUCAAAGAAAAAGGCUCAAUCUAUCAAGCCCGGGAUAACAAGCAACCCUACUCUGUCAAGCCCAGGAUAACCCUUGCAACCCAGCCUCUGGGGCUGACCACAGGUGAAACACAGUGGACUGGACUAUGGCAACAUACAGAAAACACGUCUCCUCCAAGCUGGGCAUACACUGUGUCUAAUCCCGUAACUAACAGGUUCUUACUGGCAGUAAUUCGUGCCUUAUUCUUACUGCAAGUCGAUAGCAUGUUUUGGAGUUCUAAGUUAAUAAAAUGUAUAAUAUUGAAUAA